GAGAAGUGCACUGACUCAGCAGAGACACAAUCACUAAGAAUUGUGCAAGCUGUGACAAAGUCAGGCAGUGCAGCUCUCUGGAGGCGGUAACAUGUAGUUUGGAGAUCUAAAGAAAAACAGACACCCCGGCAAGGCAGGCAGGCCAUUAUGUAUGGGUUAAUUCACGGCAAUGGAUAUUAAAAACCUGAGAUGAAGUUGGCCAGGAGAGGGAUGGCAUCGCCAAAGUUUUGUAAAUUCUUUAUGCCUCUGAGCCUGGUGGGGCUGCUCUUCUUUUAUCUCAGCAUUAGAUUACCAGAUGACCACCUGAGGGAGUGUAGCAUGAAUGGAGGACCAUGUCUGUGGCAUCACAGAUCAGUGGAGAGCAUUACAAAUGACAUAGAUGCCAUAAAUGGAGGCACUCAAAGCCUUGAACACAUCACCACAGAGUUCAGCAAGCAUUGCAGUGGCCAGGACUUUCAAAUUUCUCGGGUCCUUGUCUCUUUUAAUUCGGCCGUGACCAAAGAGGAGGAGGUCUUGCUGGAGCAGUACUUAGUGGGCUGGGACGAACUUAUCAAGUUCAUGGAAGCCCUGGGGACAGUGUUUAGUUUCAUCUCUCAAGAAGUCAAAGGAAAGAUUGGCAUCCUACGGGAGCUGCAGAGCACAGCGAGAGGAAAUGAAUACUACUCUGUCCGUUCCAUGAUGGACCAUGAGCUGCGGCACAACCUAGUGAACUUUCACAAACAGACCAAUUCAGGUUGCCGCACUCUGCUACGGCUCCACCGUGCUCUCAAGUGGCUGGAAUUAUUCCUACAUAAGCUAGGGAUGAGCUCAGAUGAGAGCAAUACAUCUGACUUGUGCCAGGAAGCCUAUAAUGAAGCCCUAGCCCCUUACCACAGUUGGCUUGUACGGCAAGCUGCAUCUAUGGCUUUCUUGGCGUUGCCUGAGAGGAAGGUCUUUUUUGAUAUUGUCUGCAUUGAACAUGAAGGUGAGGCCCAACUGGUCCUAGAGAGGACAGUUCGCUCUAUUGUCCGUGUGUACAACAUCAUGCAGGAGGCCUACCAUUCUCGGGGUAUGCUAAACCUCCCUUAGAGACUGUCAGAGAUUCCAAGAGAAGAUAAAGUUAGUCCAUCACUCAAAGGUCUCAGAAAAGGCAAUGUUUCCCAUAACCUUAACUCUCCAUAACAUCCCAACAUUAGCUGACUCAAUAAGAACCGAAAAACGACAAAGGAGCCAUCAUCUCCUCUCUAUGGUUAAAUCAGUGAGGGCACAGACAAAAGGAACCCCAACGCUUACAUUUAGCUGAUAUUUAUCAAUUACUGGAUGUGCUAACUUGACUACUACAUGUUCAUGAAACUAACAACCAAUAUUCAACCCCCUUGCACCUACCAAGAGGCAAAGCCAUCCUCUCACUCCUUUAUCUCUUUAACAUGAGAACAAGUGUGUCUGCCACAAGUCUCUAAAAUAGAAAAGAGAAAAAAAUUCAAGUAUUGGCAUUGAUAAUAAGAAUACUGAUACACCUCUAAUAACAAUGUAGAGUCAGCUUCCAACCCCCUUGUGUGUCUAAAUAUAAAAUACAACCCCCCUUCCCCCCCAAUUCACUAGAAAUAACACAGGCAGCCAGCCUUUGUCCUUUCACAUCCCAGAAAAUGACAUGGAACUAACAGCCACCCCCACACAUCCCUAAAAAUAACAGCCAACAUCCAGCUGUUCACAUCCUAAAGGAGUCAAGCCUUUCAUACCCAUCAAAUGUUGAAGACAAUUUGGCCCACUGGUGAAGAACUGUAAACCACAAACAUGCCAGUUCAAACUCCCACAUUGUAUUCAAUAAACCAGGACUAUUUUAACUAUUUUUCAAACAUAGCCUCUUCUAGUAAUGUAGUCUGAUAACAGUCCAGCGUCUGUUUUUUCUUUAUCCUACUGUUUCCAUGUUUGAGUACCCUUUUGGAUAUUUAGUAAAGGGUUGUAGUUUCUAGCAUAGCACUAAUAAUAACACUAUGAACCUAUAAACAUCUACGUUCCCUGUAAACCUAUAGACUUUUGGAGAUGCAGUGGUACAGUGGUGGUCCCCUCUUAGUGUGUGGUUUACAGAUAGACCUUAAACAAAAUUUUAUUUUCACAUGAUUUAGUUUUUGUGAAUACAGAACUUCUAGGAAGUACAAGUUAUUUCUUUUCCAUCGGUCCCAGGCAGACAUGCAAUAUUGCAAAUAUGCUAAGCUUCUGAGUCAUGGCCUUUGCCCCCAGAUUCCAGAGGACUUGCACACCACCAACUUGCAGGAGUCCAAACAAGCUGUCAUCAAGAUAAAAUCUGGCUCUGCAUUUCUUUUUCUGGAGGACUAAACAGAUCUGCAAUAAUUGAAUACCAUCCUAAAUACUUCUCAUUAGUAAAAACAUAUGUCAUCGUCCAUGCUGAUUCUCUUAAAUUAUUGACAGGGUUAAUCUUUUUUUUCUGAAAAUUAUGUAGCCAGCUCCAACAUCUUCAGCACCAGCACUUCGGGAGGGGGUGUGUGAGGGGGUGUAAUGAGACACUCUGUCUGUUCUCAGAACAUCAAUAAUGAGUUCCAAAAAGCAAUUUUAUCAAUUCUCUGCACCACUUGCUCUGUUUUUUGGUUUUCAUGACUACCACAUGGCCUAAAUGAACUUCAUUCUAAAUUGGACAUCUUAAAUGUCCAUUUUUUUUACAGUGAUUGACAUGAUAAAGGUAAAAGUUGAUAUCUCAUCUUACGUUCCAUAGCCAUAAAACCAUUUCCUAAUUUCUCUAAAAGUCAUUCUUAAUGUUUGCCUAUACAUUGGCCUUCCUUUUUUCCACUCUGAAGCUUCCACAUAGUUGCAUUCUUGACUCACCAGUCAAAUCUGACACACUGAUGUCUAUUUCCUACAUUGGAUGAAGUUCAGGUUCUCAUAUUACUCAUGUGGUGGCAGACAAUCUUUGCUGUAAGCAAGGUUGAGGGACUGACCCUUCCACCUCACGCCUUCAUUUUAGCAUCUGCUGAAACCUUUGCUUUAUUGACUCGUCAGUUCAACUCAGUCUGAUCAGGAGAUCCAAGACAAUCUAAUUACUACACUGAUAACUGUGAUUAUGGUUGUGUGUUUAAUAUAAAUGAAAAGCUCUACCAUGACAAUGAUGUGAGGUUCAUCCCUUCACCUGAUGAUAUAAUCUUCCAUUAAAGUCAAACCAUAACAACCAGACCAAUUUUCUAGAGUUCUUGAAUGUUCCUUGAGAACAACUUUUGAAGUCAUCUAACCGCCAUUCUUCAUAGCCUCACCAGCCUCAUUUCAAAUGUGUGUCUGAGGUUGCCACAGCUGUAGCCAUCUUGAUUAAGCAGCACAUUUCAAUCUGAAAAGCUCAGACUGUUUCUGGUAAAGAACAAAAAUUCACUAUCUAUGUAUUUCUCAUAACAUUCUCAAAUUUAAUCCAAUUUAGGAUCAUGGGGUUGGAGCUCAAAGUAUACCCUGUCACUGUUGGAUGCAAGGCAACCCUGGAAAGGGUGCAGAGUCCAUCUUAUGACCCACUUACACACACAGACAUACUCAGCCACACUGGUCCACACUGCUCCAGUUUGAAAUCACUAAUUAAACUAGCAUACUCAUAUUUGUGGAUAUACAGCUUUACUUUACACAUCAUGAAUACAAGAAUUAUAAAAAGAAAGCAGAUUUCCAUUUUCCAAUGUCUUAAAAAACAUUUCACUUGGCUGUACUCUAAAGUUCAUUCUAAUCAAUAAUGUAAGAAAUGGUUGGAAGAGGUGCCUGUCAGCACAUAUAGGCACGUCACUCAAGUCCCUGCCUGCUGGUGAUUGUGGGGUGGCAGCAAAGUACAAUGAGACCUUGUGGGGUGGCAGCAACGUAGGGACUCCAGUUGAUAUAACACUGUCACCUUGCAGAAAAGUCCUUAAAGCUAAACAAAGGAAGUGUUGAAAGCUCUGAGACCCCAUGACUUGGAUCAGGUCAAAGCUACCGUGGGGGCUAGUAAUCCUUAUACAUCAUUAUGGAGGAAGAGAUUUAGAAUGCUUUAUUUUUAAUUUGUGUUUGCUUGGGGCUCAAUUAUGCAUGUAUAUCCUGUGAUGAAACAGCAGGCCAUCCAGAGUUGGUUUCUCCUUUGCUCCCCAAUGCUCCUCUGUACGUUUUAGCUCUUCAUAACUCAGAAUUACAACAAGCAGGUUCAAAAAUGGAUGGACUGAUAGUUUUAAAUGUAUGUAGUACAGGAGUACUUUAUUUUAUUUAAAUCCUUAUUAAAGAUUCAUUUUAAACCAUUCA